AUGGGAAGCCAGGAGAAUGUCAAACACCUUGAGGAAUGCACCGUUUCCAAUGCAUUAGGGACAUGGGUAUUCUCAGUUCUAGGGGCGUUGGUCGCAAUCCCGGUGGGCAUCAAACGAAAGUCUCUAGGUCCACUGGUGUUCUUCGGCACAACGGGAACAAUGCUCGACAUCAUCAUCGGUGUGAGCCAGUGCGAAAGAGAACACGCAGAACACCAAAUGAAGUUACUCCAAGACUCUCAAAACGCCACAACAACCACCUCCACAGAAACUCCUCAUGAGGAUUCUUCCAUGUCUUCUUAA